UGUUUCUAUUGUAUUUUAUCUACAUAAAGCAGAGUUUAAUGUAUGCGAAUCUUAUUUCGAUGUUAGCAACAACAUUGGAGCACUCGGUUAGGAACUAAAAACGCAGAGCUCUUGUUUCCUUCAGAGUCCCCCAGACAUGACGGACCACCGAGAACAGCCAUCAGCGCAUUUUUGAUAGGGAAACAUCAGACAGGGAAAUGUGGCUGUGGGGAGGAUGAGACAAUAGAUCAUGUUAUUUUGUAUUGCAGGAAUUACCGGAUUCAGAGAAACAAGUUAAUUAGGAACCUUAGUAAUAUGAAAAUGAAAUCAAAAGUGUUCAGGAAGCAGAAGAUGUCAAACUAUAUUUGAUUUUUAAAAAAACACAUUGUAAGUUUUAUAGUAGGAUACUGUUUUUUCUUCUUCUUUGUUUUGGUUUAUUUUAUUUCAUGUCAUGCGCUCCACACUCCUUACCGGCUGGUGGCGGUAAUGCUCACCUAACGUUUUUUGCCAACCGUCAAUGGACUUCAAGAAGAAGAAGAAGCCAUCACAGCAACAAUAAACACGCACUUUCGGUUUACGGAGUAGACUGGCGGAGCAGGUCUGAGCUUCAGGAAGCAGAAUGGAAGAGGAAGUGGUAACGGCCAAGACGGAACAAGAAGACCAAGCUAGCAGUGAAGGGGAGGCCGACGUGGUGAAUAAAACGCCGGUCAAAAGAGGGAGGGGGAGGCCAAAAAGCUCCAAGAAUAAACCGCUUUUUGCAGUAGACCUGAUUCAGGAUUCAGGUGAUUCAAACAACACGUCUCAACCCAAGGAGCCACGGGAGUCUGGAGAAGAAAACGCAAAGACCCCGGUUACAGCCCGCAAGGGCAGAGGGAGGCAGAAAGGGUCCACGAAACAGAAAAGGAGCGACAAUACAGAACAAUCUCCAAAGAAAAGAGGACGACCACAGGGGUCUGGCAAGAAACCUGCCUCUGAAGGCUUAGUGAACGGCGGAGCAAGUCCGCGCAAAAGAGGGCGCCCAAGAGCCCCCUUAAAGCGGAAGUCUGACGUAGACGAAGGCAGCUCCGUAACUCCUCGGAAAAGAGGCCGACCGAAAGGGUCUCCCAAUAAAAAAUCGAGGAUGGAGCGGGAGCAUAGUGACUGGGAUGCGGAAGCACACACAGCCGAGAAAACACUGAAUAUGUCAACAAGUCGACCCAGGAAACCUGUGGUAAAGUACAGCGGCGGCGUUCCCAAAACCAUCUCAAAGAAACCUCACAGAGGAAGAGGAAGACCGAGGAAGAACCUGGAUGACUCCCAACCGGUGAAGAGAGGAAGAGGCCGACCUAAAGGCUCUACGAAGAAUAAUCCGUCUCCUUUUAAAGCGCGUAGGAAGCAGGGAAGACCACGGAAGUACCCUCUGCCUUCUGCGGAGGAGCUGAAGAAGCCCAAAGUGUGGAAACCCCUGGGAAGGCCGCGGAAAUACCCCCGAGUCGAGGAGGAAGCGUCAACGACGCCUCGUAGAGGCCGCGGUCGGCCGCGCAAGUCCAAGAAAGGCGCUCACUUACGAAAGAGCCUAACGUCUCCUUCCGCCCCGCGCGACGGAAUGCCGAGGAAAAGAGGCCGCCCGGCGGCUAACCCGAGCAAAGACGACGGCGCCCCCCGGAAGAAGCGGGGCCGCCCGAAAGGCUCCACCAGAGGAGACGCGCAGUUCAACGACUCCAAGGCAGCUAGCGAAGGCGAACAGGAGCAGAUGGAGGCGGCGUCGUUACGCGGGGAGGAACCGGGAGAAACUGUCCUGGCUCAGGACGUUAGCUACGACAUCAGCGAGCAGGCUUGAUGUACGGUCCGGUCUGACCACAACGUUGGCUGUAGUCGUUGCCGUUGAGUCAUAGAUCAUGUGUUUUAACCUUCUGUCCGUUCGCUAGGCUAGGUAUUCAGCAGCGUCUCCAGUUUUACUUCUAACGUCGUCAUCUCUUUUAUUGUGCUUUUACUAUUAUUAUAUUUUUUUAAAAAGAAGUUAUUUCUGUCACCUGAGUGAUAAUUGGAAGCCAAUACAGACAGGUUGUUCUCAUAGAGAUGCACCGAUCUGGAUUUUGUCAUCUGAAACUGAAAUUCGGUUUUCUUUGUGAUCCUGCUGAUUCAAAUUUUGACAGAUUCUGAUGCGUUUCACUGCAAAAACACAUCUUAUCAAGUAUUUUUUUCCUAGUUUUUAGUGCAAACAAUAUAGUAAACUUGAAGCAAGACAAAAAUAGUAGCUUUUCAGCAAGAUAGGAGCUUGUUUAUGUAAAUAAUUACUUAGUAUUGAUUAAAAUAAUAUUUCCACUGGCACUUAUAACAAUUAUUUUUUUUCCAAUAUUAUGAGUGAAUCAAUAUUAAGAAAUUAUUUACUUAAAACCAUCUCUUACAUAUUGCUAAAACGUUUUUAAGACUUGUCUUAGUUCAAGUGUAUUAGACAUUUAGUUUGUCAUUCAGUUGUAUGUUUAAAAAUGUACAAAUUGAAAGAAAUUCGUUGCAAGGCUUCAAUAAAUAAGUAAUAAUAAAAGUAUUAAUGCAAAUAUAUAUAAUAAAAGGUUAAACUAAGGGCAGUUUAGCAGUCUUAUGAGGGAUGAAGCUGCUGUGGAAUCUGGUUGUUCUGCAUUUGAAGCUUUUUGGCAGCAGGGAGAACAAACCUUUAUAAUCGACCGAACUCUGGACAGACGGCGACUGUGAGCGCCGUCAGGGAUGGAAGGACGAUCGGCCCCGAUGAAUCCCCGCUGUCCUCACCUCUCUCUCCACACGUUGCCAGUCUGAGGCGUUAGAUCAGGGGUGGGCAAUCCUGGUUCUCGAGGGCCGGUGUCCUGCAACUCUUAGAUGUCUCCCUGGUCCAACACAUUUGAAUCCAAUAACUGAAUCACCUCCUAAAUGCAGUCAAGUUCUCCAGAGUCCUGCUAAUGUCCUCAUUAUUUGACUCAGGUGUGUUGAAGUAGAGACACAUCUAAAAGCUGCAGGAGACCGGCCCUCGAGGCCUGGAGUUGCCCGCCCCUGCUCUGGAUGCUCCAAACCAGACAGAGAUGCUGCUGGUCAGUAUUGUCCCUCUGUAGGAAGUGGUGAGGAUGGGAGCGGGAAGGGUUGCUCUUCUCAACUAGGCCCGUCACAAUAACAAAUUCUGCUGAGCGAUUAAUUGUCUCAAAAAUUAUUGCGAUAAACGAUAAUAUUGUUUGAAGACCAUUUUAAACUGAUGCAAUGGUAAUGCAAGCAACAUCCUGCCAAAAAUAGAUACUUUUUUUUCAAAAGAACAUUUAACACUGGAACUGAUAAAACAUUUUAAAAAAUAAACAAAACAACCAAAAGCAAAAAUAAAAUGGACUCGGUCUCCGUUAAAAAUGCAGUUGAAUAAAAACUAAACAACAUAAAACCAAAGUGGAAAUAAAAACUACAUUCAACCAAAAGAAUACAGAUUAUGAAGUCUGUACACUAAAUAGCCCAUCAAUAAUCAUUAUAUUUAGAUAAAGAUCCGACUGCCUGAUGCAAUAGUUCACUCCUCCAUUACAGGGAGGAAAUGAGGAAGGGAGGCGUCAGCGGAGUUGAGCCUUUUCUCAUCCAGUGUCGUCACUGGAUGACACGCAAUAAAUUCAAAUGAGGUCGAUAAUUUUAAUUUAUCGUGCUAUUAAUUGAUUUAUUGUUUAUCGCGACCUAUUCUCAUCCACCAUCAAAAGUGCAGACGCUGCUGAGCUUUCUUCACCGGGCAAUUUCUUCUGUUGGCAUUCAGGAUUAGAUGGUUUGCCUCACACCAGAUGUUUCGCCCGUUCGUUGUCGUCCCUGAUGGGACCCACCACUGCUGAGGUUGGUUCUGGACCUGACGGGUCGUCAGGGUGAAGGGCAGUGGGCUCGGUACGCAGAGCCAGUGCUGAGGGAGACGACCCUCGAAGCGUAAACGUAGUUUUAGUGAAAACUAGAGCAGAAAUACUUGGUAGGAUUUUGUGUUUUUGCAGCGUUUUGUUUUUAUUGGACAUAUUCAUAAAAGAAAAAGUUUGAUUCAGACUAUUUGUUCUGUUUUCUUUUUCUAAAGAUUGUAAAAAAAAAUAACAGAACAAAAACAUGUCUGUACAUUCGCAUGAAGGAAAUACAAGAUUAUGUCCAUUUAAGCACUUGACCUUUAACCUUUAUCUGAAUUGUAUUCAGUUCAAAACAAAAUGUGUCAAAGUAUAUGUUGAUUGUUGAUGCCUUUACAGACUGAAAAUAGCGGGACUUCCUGUUUUUGAUGCUUUUAUUUUUUUGGUCACUGAUCGAAGCUCAUUAAUGGAAAAUUGGGCCGAUUUCGACCUCCAGCAGUUUUAUCGGCGCACAAGAUAAAAUAUAUAUUGACUUUUCUUGUCCCUUUUUGGCUCGUUUCCAACACAAACCCUCCACGUCCAUUAAGAGAUGAAACUGAAGACCUUUAACAUCCUCCAGAAGGUGGCGCUAGAAGCUGAUCUAGUUUUUUCCAUCCAGAAUCUUGUUUUUAUGCCUUGUAAAUCGGCCAAAAUGUGCUUUUCAUUUCUUAAACCGACGGUGGAAAACAGUUUUUAAAAUCAAAGUGUUGAACAAAAAAAAAAAAAAAGUGUCAAUUUGAGGUAUUUUGUUUCUAAUAAUUUAACGUUCAUUUCGGGAUGAAGUUCUUUGAUAUGAAGCAUUUCAGUUGUUUCUUGUCCAUGACUCCUUGUUCUGUUGUCGCCUCAGUGCCAAAGCUUUGAAUGUACUUUAUUUUAUUGACUCUUUGUUAAUUGCAUUCCUCCAGCAGUCCAAUAAAAAAACCACAUCUCGCUUUCCUGUUGCGCCCUGGAAGAUUUCCUCCUGUUUGCAUCUAUUAACAAUUUGUUUUGUCUUUUAAUGUUAGGCGUGUAGCUCUCAUUGUUUUUCUUUUUUAUUGUUCUUUGUUUUUAACAUUUUUGGGGAUCAAUUGAUGAUUUCACCAACAUCCAUGUGUGUGUUUUGGGGUACUUGUGCGUUGUACGUGAUUAUUACUCAUAUUGACAACUUUUGAAAUCUAAGAGGGAAUUAGGCUUUGAGGUGGAUUUUUAAGAUGAAUAAUUUGUGAGAAAAUGUCUGAAUUAAAAUAAAAUGUUCAUCUGGCCAUUUUA